AUGUCUCCCUCCCCGAAACCCUUGCAGCCAGACGGCACCCAGUCGUCCGACUACUUCGAGGACGACUCCGUCUUCUUAGAAGCCCUGAGAACAGCGGUGCUGCCGGGUGAUCCGGGGUAUGAGGCCCCUAAGGCCCCUUCAAGCGCGCCACCUGCGUCUGCGAACCCCUUGAAGCGCCCUCGUGCCGACUCAGAGCCUGAGGACUCUCAAGUAAUCACGAAUGAUGAAGAUGACACAUACGCUCCCUCGAAAUUCGACGGCUUUGGAGACUACAUGCGCCGCAAGCGUGCAAAGCUCCAGAUACAGAACGCAGAGUUUGACUCGGAAGCGCCCAAGAUAUUCAAGGAUUUGGCCAUCUAUAUCAACGGCUGGACACAGCCCUCGGUUCAAGAUCUGCGUAAGCUCAUUGUGCAACACGGCGGCGUCUUCCAGCCGUACCUGGACAAGAAGGCUAUCGUAACGCAUAUCAUUACGAACUCGCUUACCCCCGCUAAGAUAGCGGAAUUCAAGCACAUGAAGGUCGUCCGGCCCGAGUGGCUCGUGGAGAGCGCGAAGGCAGGAACCGUACUCCCAUGGCGGGAUUACAUGUACGUCCCUCACCAGCGCGCGGAGCAGUCGCAGGGCGCCGCCAUCGCCCAGCGCACCUUACAUAACGGCUUCGCAUCCACGCGUCCCAAGUUGACGCCCAAGCCCUCGCCUACGGAAGCGCCAGCGGUGCCGGCCAUAGUCGUUGACCCACCGGCCUCGGAUUCGCCUGACGCAGGGCCCUCCGACCCAGACGCGGACAAGUACAAGCCUGAGUCGACGGACCCCGUGAAACCGAGGGUAAUCGACGAUGCACCGGCAUACGCGCGUUGGUCAUCCAACUUGCACGCGCAGCGCGCGAUGGCGGACCCGGAGUGGCGCAAGGCACACACUUCGGCUGCGUCCGACUUCAUCGAUGGGUAUUACAAGAAUUCACGCCUGCAUCAUCUGUCGACAUGGAAGGCAGAGCUGAAGCGGCUCGUGCAGGAAGCGCAAGCACGCGCUGAGGAACUCAUCGAAGGCAAUGCGGACGCUACCCGUAUCGCGGAGGACAUCGCCCCCAAGAAGGUCUCGAGCGACGAGGACGGCGCCGAUCCGCUCCAAUAUAGUAUGCGAGCUGCUGGAUUCGUGUUGCGCUCGCCCUCGAAGAAAGGCAAAGGCAAAGCGCGUGAAGUGCCUGUGGACCGCGUUAUCAUGCAUUGCGACUUCGACUCCUUCUUUGUCGCCGCAGGCCUUAUCGGCCGACCUGAGCUACGAGGCAAACCAGUCGUCGUCUGCCACUCUCAAGAUGGCGGGAACUCGAGUACUAGCGAAAUAGCAAGUGCAAGCUACGAGGCUCGCAAGUUUGGCAUCAAGAACGGUAUGAGUCUGCAGCAAGCGCGUACUCUAUGUCCUACUGUCCGGACUAUACCGUACGAGUUCGAAAGGUAUAAGGAGUUCUCACUCAAGUUUUACACGAUCCUUAUGUCGCACGCGGACGACCUGCAAGCCGUGUCUGUUGACGAAGCACUCAUCGACGUCUCUUCGACGGUCCACCAGUUACGCAGUGAUGCGUUGCCGGCUUCUGAUCCCGCGAAAGACCUUGCGGAGUCUAUUCGUUCGCAAGUUCGAAGCGCUACAGGAUGCGAGGUCAGCAUCGGUAUCGCGCACAACAUCCUCCUCGCCCGCCUCGCGACACGUCGCGCCAAGCCAGCCGGCUCCCACCACGUCUUCCCAGAAGACGUUCCCGAGCUCAUGUCCGAGCUGGAUAUCGCGGAUCUCCACGGGUUUGGGUGGUCUGCGCGCAAAAAGGCGCAGGAGAAGCUAGGCUCGUCGCGUCUUAGCGACCUUGCGCGGAAGUCCAAGGGUCUGCUCAUUGACACGCUCGGACGCUCGACUGGCGAAACAUUGUACAAUGCCAUCCGGGGUAUCGACGAGCGGCGGUUGGAGAGCGACAAGAAGCGGAAGUCUGUGAGCGCGGAGAUCAAUUACGGCAUCCGUCUGGAGAACGACGAGGAAGCCCGUACCUUCAUAUUCAGGCUUGCGCGCGAGGUGUCGCGCAGACUUGAGCAAGAGGGAGUUAUUGGGCGGUCGAUUACGCUCAAAAUCAUGAAGCGAGAUCCCACGGCGCCGGUGGAGCCUUCGAAGUUCCUCGGACAUGGUCCCUGCGACGUCUUCAACAAGCAGGCGGCUUUGGCCGGUCGCAACGGUCGCGCCACCAGCGACGCAGAGGUCAUUGGCGAGCAUGCGUGGCGUAUUUUGGAGUCGUUUCACUUCGACGCGAAGGAGCUGCGCGGCAUUGGCAUCCAGAUACAGAAGCUGCAGUCACUUAACGAGGCCGACGACGCGGAGCCAGGCCAAUCGAGGCUCAACUUCGCGACCGUCGAGGGUGGCAACAAGGCAGACCGAACUGUCGACAGACAACCUGUCGAUCAAGAGGCGCCUUCUGAACUCGCCGCUGGUCCAUCAAGGAAACCAGAAUCUGCCCCUGAAGCUCUGCUCGAUCUGCCUCGAUUCUCCCAAGUCGACAAGGAUGUUCUCCAGGCGCUACCUACGCAGAUUCGCGAUGAGCUCACUGGCGAAUACAAGCGGCGAUCUGCGUCUCCCGCGGUCCUCGCUCCUGAGCCCCCUCAGCUUGGCCGGCCGCGCGCCAGAACACCUGUUCCUCUGUUCCCCAACAAGCCGAACGGCAAGGUCACCAACUUCGCGCGUAUCACCCACCAGCUGGCGCCGCGCACUACGAGGUCCAGCAUUUCGCCUCGGAAGAGUAUUUUCGCACCCGGCAGAGGCGGGCCUGGCAAGGUCAGCGCCGCCGAGCUCGAGAAGCUGAAGAUCGACCCCACGAUCUUCGCUCUGCUGCCGCCGAAAGUGCAGCGCGAGCAACUACUUCGCGCGCGGCUGGCCAAGAGCGGUACCGAGAUUGACAAUUUACCUGAACCGCCCCGGAAAGUGCUUAAGCCUCGACGUCGGGCGACGCGCUCUGCGUCUACCCAGGUGUACGCCCCGCCACCGCAAGCUCAUGUCCUUGAACCUGCGUCAUUGAAACAUCAAGUGAAGGGUUGCUCCGACAAGCUCGUCUUCACAGAUCUAGACGAGGUGCAGGGCUUGCUGGAACGCUGGGUCGUCGGCUACCGGCACUGGCCUCCGAAAGAGAAAGACGUGGAGCUGUUUCGCAAGUACCUCUUGCAAUGCCUGGAUAGCACAGUCGUCGGUGACGAGGGCCUCGAAACGGCGGUCGCGGUGAUGAAGUGGUGGUUGGUGCUGCUCAGACGGCAAUGGGAGCAUUGCGAGGGCCACGAAGAUGAUGACGGGCUAGAGACUGCGAAGUGCAAGGCUGGCAGAGCUUGGUGGGCCGUCUUUCGCGGCGUAAAGGGUGAAAUGGAUCAGGCUGCAAGGAAGCGAUUCGGUGGCUCGCUAUCGUUGCGAUGA